AUGCACCCAUAUUAUGCUAGAAAUAGAGCAAUUCCACCUGAAUGGCGUUAUAAAAUUAUGUCAGUUCGACUUGAAAGAAAAACACUAUCAAUUAAUAGACAACAUUACACUUUCGAUAAAAAACUUGGUAAGGGUGCAUUUGGUGCUGUUUAUGCGGCACGUCGGUAUUCAGACGGCGCACCAGUUGCUAUAAAAGUUAUAUCACUAGCUUCACAAAAAGAUAGUUUAGCACUGCAGAAUGCAGAAUCAGCUCUUACCGAAAUUGAAAUGGCAAAACGUUUAACUCGGACAUCAAGACAUAUUAUACAUAUGUAUGAUUUUGAUUUUCACCAAACAGGUCUAUCAUUUAUUGUAAUGGAACUUGGUCAACAAGAUUUAGAAAAAUAUCUUUCACAACGACUUGCAUUAGAACCUGCUGAUAGAAAAUUUAUAUGGCGACAAUUAGUCGAUAUCGCUGGUACUCUAGAUAGUCAACAAAUUGUACAUCGUGAUAUUAAACCACAAAAUCUUAUUAUAUUUCCUGGCGGUAUUGUAAAACUUGGUGAUCUUGGUAUUGCUAAACAAGCUUUUCAUGACAAAACUGGACCUACUGGUACUCCAUUAUAUUCAGCGCCUGAAGUGACUAGGUAUAAACCGAUGGUAGUGCUUACAACAGCAGCAGAUGUAUGGUCAUGGGGCGCUGUUCUCUAUCGUAUGACAUAUAUGCAACAUCCUCAUUACGAUCCACCAUGUUAUUAUCCACUUGAAAAUCAACGUCUAACAUCUGAUCGAUAUCUUAAUGAUGUACUUCGACGCACACUUGUUCUGAGUCCAGAAAAAAGACCAACUCCUUCAUGGUUAGCUAAACAUCCAUAUACAAACACAUGA